GAAACACCAGUAGUCAACAUAGCUUUAUACACUGUUCCCCAAGGAAUGCCUGUGUGAUAAACUGUAUUGGAUUGGCCAUUAUUCCCCCAUGCUGAUCAGCUGGGUGCAGGCUUGGCAGAACAUGUGGGCCCUGAACAUCUCACACAGGCAAAGUGAAUUACUUGAUCAAUAGUGACAGAAGGAGAGGGGCUUCCCCUUGACAGGAAGUGCUUGUGAGGGGGCUAAGGCAGUGAACAGCUGUUCAAAAGGAAGAGGUCUAGGAUUGAAGGAAUUCUGUGUGGGGCCUGAGUCUUUCACCCUGCCCUAGAAGGAAUGAUAUUGCCUCAUGCCAAUGUAAACUAGAGGAGGCCAUGUUGCGCUGGCAGAAAGAAAGUUUCGAUAAAGCCCCCUGGAGUAGAGAGAGAUACAAACUUCUCAUAGCAAUGAACAGAGAUCACAGAUAGUAUCAUGGGCACAACAACGGAGCACUCUUUUCUGUGUGCAUAUACUGUCUUCGUCUGGUUUCUCACUCAGGGAUCCUCCUUAUUUAUACCAACGCAUGGCAAAUUGAUGCCCAAAGAUCCUCAUGUGUGGAUAGGUGAUACGCUAGUGCUUACCUGUGUUAUCACUGACAGCAGCGUCACUGAGAACUGGAGACACCUGUACUUCACGAGAAAUGGAACACGAAUACCAGAUCGCUACAUCACAAAGAAUGCCUCCCAAGCAGUCACCCUGCGUUUACCUGACACGCAGAUAAAGGAUGAGACUACCUACUACUGCCGGGUGAAUUCGUCAACGGGUCCUUUGAUAGUGGGCAAACAGAGAAUACAUGUCUACCGCCGUCCAGUGGAAGUCAAGUCAUUUGAAUGUGUUGUCCACAAUUGGGCUUGGAUGAAGUGCACCUGGGAUCUCGGGGUCCAAUACCACCAUCCUGAGCUUGUCAAUGUCUCCUUAUACUGGGUGAUAGAAGUAAAAGGCAACAGGUACACGCAAUCAGACUGCCCCACUGAACACUUUACCAACACAUCUUGUGAAUGGAAGGAAAAUGAUGGCAAGAACUCGUUUAAGCCUGACAUGACAUACAAGAUGGUAGUGGAAGUAAUGAACACUGUAAUGGGACACAGUGCCGGGAGAACAAAAGUCUUUACCAUUGAUACAAGAAAAAUUGUAAAACCAGCGAAGGCACGUGAAUUAGUUGCCCAGAUUAGAAGUAGAAACACCACCUGCCUGACUGUUAAAUGGCGGAACAGUAAAAAACAUUAUACUAAGACUUGUGAAGUAAACCUGACUUCCAAGUGGAACCUGGUGGAAAAGAGCUGGGACACCACAGAGGAGCUGGUUCAGAUGGUGGACCUAUGUGGCCUGUACCCCAGUGCCCAGUACCGUAUUACUGUCAGGUGUCGCCCUCGCGAUUAUGACAAGUUCUUCAGCGACAUUGCAGAGAUUACUACCACUAUGCCAGAAGAUGUACCCAGUGCUGCCCCUGUCUUAACACCUGGGAGCUACAGAGAGACCCCGUGUGCAAAACAGAAUUGUCGAAUUGUCACCGUCUAUUGGAAGCCCGUACCAGAAAAAGAGAGGAAUGGCGUUAUAACAGCGUAUCACAUAUCUGUGAAUGGGACAGACGUGAAUGUCAAGGUCACUAAUGUCAUCUCUAACCAAGGCGAGGUCACCCUGGAUACUGAUAAACACUAUGUUGUCAGAGUCAGAGCCAGUACAAAAGUGGGCCUGUCUCCCAACGUCUCAACAUUGCUCAUCCAAUCAAGCAGCAGAAAGCCAGGCACCCCAGAAGGUUUUUACGUAAAAGGAAACGGAACAGAUAGAAGAAUUGUAGAGAUAUUCUGGGACAAGCCUACAGUUAAUGCAGAGUCAGUGGAGACUUAUACUAUCUACUACUGCCAGGCUUGGAAGGGAAAUAAGACCUGUCGGGGUAAGGAUGCCUCAGUGGAUGGAGACUUGCAGUGGGUGAGUGUGCCAGCCAGUCAUACCAACCACAGCCUGGUCUUACCCGCAGUAUCAGAUGAUUAUUUGUUUGGCAUUUCAGCUGACACCCCUAAAUACAGCAGUGGUUUGAUCUGGAGUAUGUGCACUUAUCUUCACAACAGGGUUCCGACCAAAUCACCGAAGAGCUUCAGGUUUGAUGAUGAGAAAGGGGACUUGUCACUAAAAGUGAGGUGGGAUAGAUAUACCUGUGAGGAAUCUGGACCUGUGUUGUACUACAACCUCACCUACUGUCAACAGGAAAGACUUAUCAUGGGGAAAAAUUGUCUUGGCAACACUAUAAUGAUCAAAAAAGGCAAGACCGAGUACACUCUGGUUGACCUGAAAGACCAGAAGAGGUAUUUCGUCUCUCUUCAGGCGGUCACAGAAGCUGGGCUGGGGCCAGCUACCCCAUGGAUUAAUGCUACAGCUGUUAAGACAGGUUUCCAAAUGGGAAAAGGCCAGAUGAUUGGCAUAGCUAUUAGUGCCAUCAUUUUUCUGUGUUUCGCAUUACUCGGUCUUAUUGUCUGUGGAAGGCGGCUGACGAAGACACUGCUGGAUCCCCCACAAGAAAGUAUUAUCAUACCUCCCCCCUUACCAGACCCUGAUCAGUUUGACAGCUACACAGAUAUACCUGAUUACCAGAGUGCAGGACCCUCGCCAGCUGUGUCUCCCACAUCUAGAACCUCUCUGCUGUCCAAUGGUAACAGUACCGUGGCCAGUACAGGCUCAGACUCAACAGGAAUGACAGAUGACAGCUGUCAGGUCUUUAUAUUGCAGAGACCAGGGAACCCCUACUUACCUCGUGGCAGCACCAAAUCUGUGGAUAAACUCGGCAGGGGUUCAGACAAGAAGAAAAAGAAAGGCAAGAAGAACCUGCCACCUCAGGGCUACGUUAAGUUUGAUACGAAGGGCGACAGCAAGUCGAGUGGCUCUUUGGCAAACGGGAGUGCCCUGACCUUGCCCAGUGAGCUGCUGAGGGCCGUGCCAAAUUCUUCUGACAAAGAUGCUGUUGUGAUGUUUACAAUGGGAAAAGCUGGCCCUGGGAUCCUGGAGCCUCCUGUACUCCACAGCGGUGUGAGUGGACAUAACAAUCUACUUCAGGUCCCUCCCAGCCAGUAUCAGCAAAACGUGAUGCAGCAUGUCAGUGCUAAAGCCGGUGGCAAUCUUAAAGCUGGGUCGUUUGUGAGUGGCCAGGAAGGGGGCUCCGAUCAAAUCUUGCCUUACAUCAAGGCUUCUGAUGUACCCAAUAACUGUGUGGGCUCAGCUGUGUCUUUAGCCAGUAGUGGUGGAGUGCAACGUCACACCCCUCCUCUGGAGCUGUGCUCCAGCAGGGACCGAGAUCUCUCAGACUACGGGGGUUACGAGGAGCCCAUCACAGGCCCUCUCAGUGCCUCCACCCCUAUUGCCACUUUCCCCCACAUCCAGAGCCUUGAAAGAGGCUGUGGGAACCGAGAUAUUUGCCUAGAUCAAUCGUAUGUUCAGCGCCCCAAACUUACCAUUGACUCGCGGUCUCUCCCCUCCAUACUGGAGUGUGGGGGCUCUCACAGACGCAACUCUUUGGAGGACAGUGACGUGGACAGCAGCACGCUUAGCAUAGGCACGAGCAAUGUAUCUGUAGGAUCUGUCAAUAACCAGACCUGUACAUCAGCUGUGGUGGCAGGCAGUAAUGGUUAUGUAGCUCAUCCUAAUGGUGCACCGGCGAUAAAUGUAAAUGGAUACGUACCUGUUCCUCAGUGUCCGUCUCCAGUCAGUAAGUUGACCAUGGUGGACGGCUAUCUGAGGAGGCCUGAUAUGACCAGUAGUGAGACCAAUGGUCAUGGGAACAGUCUUACACCGGUAUUAAACGGUACUCCAAAGGCUGACCUCAGCAAAGCCAGUUGCUUAUCAGUGGUCCGCCCCAUCAGUAACUACAUGAAGGACCUCCCGGCCCAGUACUUCCUAGAUCCACAGGCAUUUGAUGAUCUGCCCACCACAGAAUUGUGAUUCUUUUAUUCUUUUGUGAAU